CGCCGUCAGUUUCGUUUCAAUCCGUUUCCCGGACGGACGUGAUUUCGCUUUUGCGCACGACAGUUUCACGCGGUUCGCGCCCUCCCAAUCAACAAACGGACGGACAAGGAAAACCACUUCAUCUCCCAGGUUGCACUUUCCUUGUACGGUCAGUGACUUCUAGGACCAGACAAUAGAGACCCCAAGAAAAACGGUGGCAUCAACCGGAGCUUAGGAGCUCAACGACACAUUUUCCCACCGAGGUCUUCGUCGCUACGGUACAAAAAAAACCUUCACAGACGAGCAAAAAGAUGAACAGAUCGGCGACAUUGCUGGUACUUUUCACUGUGGCGCUAAUGGCAUUGGGCGCCGACGCCAAGGAGAAGCACAUCAAGUACAAGGAGAAAGACCUGAUGCGAAAGUCGAUCGUCUACGACAAGAACACGCCGGAUGUGUUCUACUGCCCGAUGAACAAGCCCACCGGAAUGGACAAGAUGAUUGUGAGAUCUCGUCCACUUCACAAGCUGUGUGAAUUCGAAGGCAAACCACUGCCACCGGGCUACAAAUCCGACUGCUACAAGGAUCUGGACGAAAGCGAUUACGCCUGCAAAGAGAAAUACAGGAUCAUGAAACGUUACGCCAAAGAUAAUACCGAGAUCUAAUACCCAAAAUCGCAUAUAUCGCAAAAACGCCUAAAUAAUGAAACAAAAUCACACUCGCCACACUGUACACCACACACGCAGCGCCACGCCGCCAAGAGCACUCGCGAUCUGUAGCGAAAUCUUCAAUCUGAUAUCUUCCCAACUUCUGAUUCUUCCAAUAAUUCUCUUCAAGACUGAAACUGACUGCCGACUAAGAAAAAUCGUUUCCUUUACUCCUAGAAUCUAAUUUCUUGCAUACUUCUACGCGCUAUUACAAUACUUCCUUUCCGGUAGCGCCGUUCACUAAUGCCAAAAAAGGCUUAUAUUAAAUCAAUGCUUUAAUACUGAAAACUGAAACAAAUAUUCCGUGAAUCGAACAACGAACAAGUAACAAUCAACCAAGGUUUCAAACAAAGCCGGUUACCAAAUAUAACCAGAACGUUCCCCACAUUUGAUGCAGUUGAAAUAAGAUUUCCUUUAUCUUACAAGUUCAUUUUAAGUCGUAUUUUUUUUAACUUAACAUUCCUAGCAGUUUGCAUGUUGUGUUGUGACAAUACUUUUCAAAUCAGAAAAAAACAUAUCUGUCAUUCCACACCAAGGGUCCUAAAAAGUACACAUGUGUAAUCGAUAUUUAUCAGUUUUGACCGAAUUUUCGGUCAAAUGUGAAUGCAUAUUUGACAAAAACCAUUUUUUUUAUAAAAACCCAUAAGUUAGACGUCUUUGAAACUAUUGUACAUAGAAAAAAAGUACACAGUGUUGUUAAACACAUUCAUUGUAAUUUAAAACUAUAAAACAGUUUUUCGUGGAGUCUCGAUAAUAAAGACAAUUCAUUCAUUCAUUUUUCGUGAAACAAGUUUGUUUCCGUAGUUUUUGUCAGGUAUUUUUCUAUCGAAAACUCCCCGAGGUAAUUUAAGGCAAUCCAGACAAAUUACUUUUUGAUGAAAAAAGUGCAAAUUUCACAUCUUAUGUUAUAUUGCAUUUUGACAAAAAUGUAUGGCUUAAUUCGAAUUCAAGUUAUCUAUGGUUGUUUAAGACUUACACGAAAUAUUGGUAGAAAUUUGUGAUGGCCGAUUGCACGUGCUGUGGUAUGAAAUGACUCAUAUACAAGUUACAACAAAGCAUAUAAGCAGAGCUGCUAAGGAGAAAACAUUAACACUUAUUCAAUUUACACAUAAAAAC